ACCGAAACAAAUUUCUUGUAUCAUCAGCUUGGUUGUCCUUCCCUUAUUAGCUGCACAUCAUCAUGCUUACACCAUCGUGUGUAGCAGUGUAGUGACUAGCAUGGAGUCAGAAUAGAGACAAACACACGGCAGCAGCAGCAGCGUCACUGAUCCGUCGCACGCGAAGCAAUACCCCGGUCCCCCGGCCCGUUCUGAUAUAAUUCCGUUCCACACCGACGCGACGCGACGACCGCCUAGCAGAAAAUUCUACCAUGGCGGCCUCAUCAAAGGCGUCGUCGUCGGCGUCCGGCCUCAAGCCGCCCGCCAUGGACGACGCAGCUGGUGCGGCAGCAGCCGUCAGCAAGGCCAGCAAGGGCGGCAGAGGGGCGUUCCUCGCCCACUUCUUCCUCGUGCUCUCCGUCGUCACCCUGUGCGCCGUCGUCUACGCCCCGCGCUUCUUCGUCGUCUCCGGGCCCGCCGCCCCGUACGGCGCCGCCGCCAUCGUCGCAAUAAUCUCCUCCGCGCCCAGGCCCAGCUCCUCCACGAGCCGUACGCCGUCGUCGUCUGCAGCACCAGCACCACCGCUCGGCGGGCCGCUGGAGCAUGGUGCUGGCCGCGGCGGUGCGGCUGCGGCAGACCAGGAACACGGCGGCGGCGCGCUGCAUCAUCAGCAGCAGGUGGUUCUUGACAACCAGGUGGGCUCCCCGUGCUCGUCCCUGCCCAGCCACACCAUCUGCUGCGACCGCUCCGACUACCACUCCGACGUCUGCUUCAUGUCCGGCGACGUGCGCACGGACGCCGCGUCCCUGUCGCUCCUGCUGUUCCCGCCGCCGCAAGGGCAAGGCGCGUCGUCGACGGCUGUGACGGAGGAGCGGAUACGGCCCUACACGCGCAAGUGGGACGCCUACAUCACCAAGACCAUCCACGAGGUCAGGCUCCGCCGGGUGGUCCGGACAGAGGCCGAGGCCGCCGCCGGUGCCGCGCACCGGUGCGACGUGCGGCACGACGCGCCGGUCUUCGUGGUGACGGCGGGCGGGUACAGCCACAACAUGUUCCACGUCUUCAACGACGGGUUCCUGCCGCUGUGGCUGACGGCGCAGCACCUCCGCCGCCGCGUCGUGCUCGCGGUGCUCUCGUACAGCCCGCGGUGGGCGGGGACCUACGGCGAGAUCCUCUCCGGCCUGUCAAGGUACCGCGUCAUCGACCUGCUCAGGGACACGCAGACGCACUGCUUCCCGGGCGCCGUCGUGGGGACCCGCUACCACGACUACCUCGCCGUCAACUCCACCAGGCUCCGGGACAACAGGACCAUCGUCGACUUCCACGACUUCCUCGCCGGCGUGUACGACGACGGCGGCGGCGGCGGCGGAAGCAGCAGCACGACGGAGGAGACGACGCCGGCGCCGCGGGACCGGCGGCCACGGCUCGGGAUCGUGUCGCGCAAGGGGAGGCGGGUGAUCGAGAACCAGGCGGCCGUGGCGGCGCUGGCGGCGUCGGUCGGGUUCGACGUGGACGUCAUGGAGACGGCCACCGGGGUGCCGCUGUCGGCGGUGUACGCGUCGGUGAGCUCGUACGACGCGCUGGUGGGCGUGCACGGCGCCGACCUGACGGCGUUCCUGUUCCUGCGCCCCGGCGGCGGCGGCGCGGCGCUGGUGCAGAUCGCGCCGCUGGGGAUCGCCAUGCUCUCGCGCAACCUCUUCGGCGUGCCGGCGGCGAGGAUGGGGCUGCGCUACGAGCAGUACGACGUGAGCGCGCGCGAGAGCUCGCUGAGCCGCAGGUACCCGGCGGGCCACGUCGUCGUGGCCGACCCGGCGCGGGCGAGGCGGGAGCAGGGGAAGCAGGAGUGGGAGCUUGUGGAGCACGUGUACCUGCGAGGGCAGAACGUGAGCCUGGACCUCGGCAGGUUCCGGGAGACGCUGGCCAGGAUCCACUCCCGACUCCUCAAGGAGCGACAACAACGUCACGUGUCCGCUCCAGAUGCAUCACCGCAAAUAUAGGCGUGUUAGCGUGUACGUACAAUGCUAGAAAUCCUUUACCCCUACCGUUUCUAAAUAGAGGCUUUUAUUUAAUGUUAUAAAUAAUAAUAUUUAUUUAUAAAUUAGUGAUAUAAAUUAGUUUGUUCGAAGCAGAGGAAGUACAUUAUAUUACUUGAUAAUAACACCUUCUCAUUAUGUUUAGUCGUUCAACUCCAACUAAGAUAUGCACUUGUACCUACGUGUGUUUUGACGUGGAUUUUGCUUAAACUUAGUUUAGUUUCAUUUAAAACCACUUUAACGCACAUGGAUUGAGAUGGACAGAUAAAUGUUUGUUUUCUAGGUGUAUGAUUGUACGUUCCUUUUAAAAUAGUGACUAAAGACACAUAUAAUUUGGUUCGUUUGAUUAUUUUCUUUUCAAUACAUGGAAGUUUGUAUA